AUGAGCAACCCUUGUCAGCAAGGAGCUUUAUUCUGUCGACCAUUAUACAGUCAAGACGAUUAUGAAUGUGUUUGCAAACCAGGUUUUACCAGCCGGAAUUGUGAAACCGGUAAGUCUAAAGGAAAAGCAUGCUCCUGAUGACGUAUAACUCUUAUCUCCGUCAUUGAAAAUUGUAAAUCAGAUUACGACGCUGAGCGCUUUUUAAGAUUUGAUAGAGUAAUCCACUCUUCAAAAUUGUCUUCAAUGAGAGACAGCGCAAUUUUAAAAUUUGCUUUGCAAUCUGGUUGCUUACUUGAAGCAUCCCAGACUCAAACAAUGUGAUUACCAGAGCAGGAGCUGUUGUGGGUAGCACUUGAACAUUAGGUUCAAUUUAUUCUUUAGAAUCCCAUAACAUGGCACGAAGUUAAUAGACUAUUCGAAUGGCGGAGAAGUCAAUAGAUAAGAAAUAUGUCAUUUGUGAUGUCCACUUCUCCUUGUUCAUUAUUAGAUCCUAAAGAAAGGAUCCUGAACCGUGUUUCUAAUGAUCUCUAAACAUGCAUUUUUACCCAGACAUCAACGAGUGCUCCAGUAAUCCCUGUUUAAACGGAGGUACUUGCACUGAUCAGAUUAAUAGAUACAUCUGCGCAUGUCCCGUUUGGACUGAAGGAGUAAGCUGUGAGACUGGUAAGUACUUAGUACCCGCGCUAAUUAUAAUGAUGCUUUAUCCCUUAAGGCUACAGGAGAUGAGAAGUUUAGGAUUGGAAAUGAAAUACAUAGUCCAUCAUAUUGCAUUUUCAUCUAAGUCAGGCUUAGGGUUAGAUUUGAAGUACAGUGGAUUCAUCCCUUCUCAAUUUGUGUACGAGCUUGUUCUUUUUUUAAAAAGAUUACACGAGCUUUUUCGUUGAUUUAAAUUGCAUUCAAAGCCAUUUAAUUACAAAUUUAUCAUAUACAUUAAAGUUCAACUUUUUUCACCUAUUUCAAAUGUUACUCCUCAUUUAAAUUUUUUUUUGUUUGGGAUCAAUUAACGUGCUCAUAACCAAUAAGUGUGCAGAAUUUUCUUCCUGACAUCGUAACAGAUUUUUUUUCUCCAAAAUUAUAGAUGCCUUUUUGGUUUGUUUUUCUGAUUUUUUCUUUUCUUUUGUUUUCGUUUUGUCUUUUUGCCCUUUUGUUUCUAUAAAAAGAAGGGUUGCAAUAAUCAGUCUUCUCGUUUUUCGUUUGUUUUUGGUUUUUUUUUCUUCAUUUUUUUCUUUUCACUUUAAGAUAAAGGAAGAGUUGCAAUAAUCAGUCUUCUCUUUUUUCUCGUUUCAGUUCGUGUCUUGGAUAUUCACGUGCGAAGCGAGGGUUGUGAGGAUGCAGGAAGAGCAGACGUCUGCGGCAAAGCUUACAUCAAGGUGGAUGGAACAGAUCACUCUCCUCACAGCAGAGGAUAUAACGUUGUUGUUGUGGACGGAGCAACAGGUACAACGAACUAUGCCGCUUGAGUAAACCUCCCCUGUUUAACUCUGACUUUAAUUCUCAUAUAUUUUCAAAUAUAUGAAUAAUUAGACCAGCGGUUUGGUUACGAACCGACUCAAACUAAGGUACGAAUCGACCGCAUUUGGGUCCAAAAUGACCGUGGGCACGAAAUGACAGGAUACCUUUAGAAUAGCGCACCGCACACCCAACAAGAGGAAUGGGAGCGGGGCUCCAUUCAUUUGUUCUUAAGUGGGGGUAUGAAUUAGGUUGACACUCUGCCUUCCUCGAAACUAGUGGAAAAGUAAGACCACAGAAGGUUUAAUUAUUAAGGGAAAAUUAAUUCUCUGCAUACGCCUUCUUUUUAUCCUUAGAUCACUGUCCAGGGCUCGAACGAAAUAAUGGCCGCGAGCUAUUCAACGAACGCAAAGGGGGUGGCACUCACACUUCGAGCUCUUCCUUACGUCGUAAUAUAGUGUUAUUGAAUGAGUUUAUAACGUAAAUUGGCCACCGUAAAGAGUUUUAAGGCUGACGUUUCUAGCGUUAUUAGAAACUGCCAUAUGCUAAUUUAUUCUUGUUUUUUUGUAAUUAUAUUCCUACCAAUAGCGUAGCUCCAUUUUCUGCAUAUAAACCCACACACAACCCACAAUUCCUCAAACCGCUCUGACGAAGGGCUAACGCACGAAACGUCGAAACUCUUUACGGUGGCUAAUUUACGUUAUCAACUCAGUUGAUAAUACUUAAUUACCCUGUUAUACUUUUCUACCGACGCAGCACCACAGUUUCUUUACUUCCUUCACUCAUUCGUUCUUACGUAAUCACUUUCCCCCUGUUUACUCAAUCCGGAAAAUAAAUGGCUUGACAGAAAAAAGGGUAUCUUUCACAAUUUUAAAUAAAAUCUCAUUAGGUCAUGUUUAUGCGGUUGUCUUUAAUAGCUUUACAUUCCUACAGGUGCAGUUCUCGGUACAAGGGGAUUUGAUACUCAUGAAGAUAGCUCGGCGGGUAAUAGACUCAGAGAUUACCUUAACGGUCUUCAUGGCCAGUAAGUUAUGUUUCAUGCGCCAUAUAAUAGUUUCAUUCUUAAAUGGCAAUUUUCGAAGAGACUGGUACUAGCAUAAGCGCAUAUCCUUGAAAAUGCUUUCAUUCAGGAAAAUGUCAGAUCGAGUCUGAACAUGUUGAGUCUCUUUUGUAAAAUCUAAGGCUACCAGAGCAACGCUCCAGGUUCCUAAGAAACACCUUCAACUUUCAGUUCUUAGUUGAAUUGUAAUCGAUAUCAACCUGAUAGUGUGGAGCAAACCUAAAGUCCUACAAAAAGGAAUCAAACAUUUCUGAAUCAAAUUACUUGAGAUAUAGUUUAUCUACGUGUUUUGAGAUCAAUAUUUUUUGUGUUAACGACGUCAUAACUUCGCUUAUUGAUAAAUUUCAAGAAUUUUAAAAACACCUCGAAUUACUCGUAAUUACUCCCGAACCGCUUUGAAUUUGACAACGUAGCACAGACGAUAUUGAUAGUAAGGGGCCUGUAGUGUCAGUGUUUUUAAUUAAAUGAUUUAGGACAUUUUUUUCCAUGAUUUGUAUAUUAUGCGGCCUUAUAUUUCCAAUACAUUGUAACUUUUGUUUGGACUUCUGUCAACUCAAUGCUUGAUUUCAUACACAUCAGUUUGUUAGUGCGCAAUUUUUUUUCCCUCAAAAAUUGAUUUUAAAAUCCACGUAACUACAAGAGAUUUUAAUUUUACGCUCUGUAUUUCCUGUUUAAUAACAUGUCGGCCCUUCUUAGCUCUCACAAAAUUAAUAUAAAUAUCACUUCUCUUCCCUCCCAGUAAAAUAGUGUUAGUUGCUAUUCAAGAUGAGGGCUCAAUUCACAUGUCGCCAGCGAUUGAUGCGCUCAAGAGACUGGGCGCUACUGACCCUGUACAGCCGGACGAUAGGGGAUCUUUUGCUUUCGCUGGAUACGCUGGAGCAAACAAACCUCAGUGGAUAACACAGAGACGUGCGGACAAAGGACAGGGACCGAGUGAAAUAUUUCCGAAAAUUGCGUUAUCGGGAGGUGUGUUUGGUUAUCAAUUAGUUAUUGAUUUAUAUACUGGCCCAUUGUUUGUUUGUAGAGCACGAGAGAUGAGUAAGUGUUGCUCUGGUCGCAACCGAAAGGAACCCACUUAAACCUCUUGAAAGCUCGUCAAACGUUUUAGUGCUUAACAUCUUGACGAAAGCACAGUUAAUACUCGAGCCAGCUUUUUUAUACCAUAUGUACGCAUGUCACGCCUUCGUACAACCACAAAGAAUCUCCACCAGCGUGCUAAAUGAAACAUUUGAGGCACUCUCGAGCAAAUGCAUAUAAACGUACAUGCAUUUACCGGAUAUGUAUAUAAAUAUAUUACUUACUUAGUUACUUACUAAGUACAACAUAAUUAUUCAAUCGAAAUAUAAUGUUUAAAUGAGAAAAAUUUGCUCAUUCAGUAGAACCUUCCCUUUUAAUCACAAUACGCACAACUUCUAAUGGAUCAAUUAUUUUACUUAGUUAGAGUCAUACGUGUAGAUCCAGGAGUAAAAUCUUGAAUUCAGGGCAUAGUUAUGCUUGGAUAGGGAAGGAAAAUUUCUAAAAGGCAUUUUGCCUAUUUUACCACUCCAUAGAGUACGCCCAGACAAUUUCAAAUUCAACGUCAGUUACUUCAUUUUUAGGAAACUGAAUUGAAACGACGGCCGUCCCUGGAACAGUUCCCUCCCACGUUAACUGAAAGGCAAUUGUCUACACGCUCACUGUGGUUUAAAAGUCAUGUGUGGCGUCUACUGGCGAAGAACGAAUCACGAGACGUGGAGGAGUAGGUUCUACCCUCGCCCACUAUGCGUCUAUGUUACUGGAGACCAUUGGCAGUAUUUGAAUUUCACUCAAUACGUUAUAUUGGUUAUAUUAACGAAGAUCCUGUACACUAUAUAAGGAUCGAAUGUUGGGCUUGUUGGCCGAAAAUUAACCUAAUAAACAGAAAUCUUUUUGUGCCAGGAAUCAGAAGAGAUAGUACAAGAAAACUCCUUUUUCACAUAUGAUGAAAUUUACAGAGAACUCACAAGGCAACGAACUUUGAGUAAAAAACUGAAGAGAUCCGAGAUGAACGCAUUCAUUGAGACCGAUGAAAGACUGCAUGCUGCCAAGGACAACUGAACGUAUUGCGUAUAAGUGACCUAAAUAACCUGUGGACUAUCUUCGGCCGUUUCCUCGGAUUCGUUCUUCGAUCGUACCGAGAAGGAAAUUUGGUUGAGGAAGGAUGGAAUAAACGUAAAAUGGAGCGUAAGCUCAUUUCCAGAACGACAGUUCAUGAUCGGGUCCUCAGAAAUUUUAGCUCGAGAAAAUCAAUGAAAUUUUUCACACAAAGAAUGCAAUACGGAGAAUUUAUUUUAAACUCAGAGAUGUGAGUAGAAGGUCUUCCAACUGACUGAAUACAGCAAUUCAUAAUUUACGAGACUUCAAACAGUCUCUAAAAAAUUGAAAAUAUUACAAUUAUAACAAUCAUGAAAUACUUCCCUGAAAACUGUACAAGUUACCCUCAGCUGGAGUAAAUGGACUCAAACAAACGUAUUUACAUCCCUGGAUUGAGGGGCCUUUGUAAGUAAAAAACAACUCGAAAUAAUUAUUUACAAUUCGUUUGAACUGAUAUCGUGCCUAAAAUUCAUGCUCGUUCACUACUUAUGUUCACUUACAGCCCGUAAGUUCACCAACAGCACUUUUUAGUUGGCCACCUAAACCCUUUCACUCUCAACGAUUACCCAGAAGUAAUUUAUCAAUAAGACUUGUGGUGAAACGAACAAAAAGAUCCACGAGGGGAAUUACUUAACAUUUAAUUCUUAGAACAACAAUGAGUAGACAAAGCCUUAUUACGCUCAACUACUAUUUAGCUUUUUUUUUUUUAACGACAAUUCCCAUUUGUCUCUCUUUCUCCCAAUUUCAAAGUUCCUUAAUGCUAGUGCUGGUGUUAAAUAAUGGUCACCACCAGGCAACAUUGUUUGGGGGGAGAAGGGGGGCGGGAUUUUCAAUAAACUUUUUAGACAUAAAUUAAGAGGUUUCUGUUUAUUAUCUUGAGUGGAGAGUUGCCGACUACCUACUGAAGGGAGACGUGUCAUCUUUUUUUGCCACUCAUUGGAACGUUACCGGAGAGGCAAGGAGAAUUACUCAGGACCUCGCGGGUGAAAGAGUCAAAAGAGAGUGUCAGUUGCCUCUGUUAUGUGCCCAGAGGCGUAGACAAUACACUUACAGUUUAUUUUGUUUCCUUCAUCUUAAAAUUUUGAGGUAAUCAAACACUCUUUUCGCUUGAACGCCUUGCAAAUUGCUGUUACUACCUAUUACUGAGUAAGAAAUCGCAGCAGAACAUGUCUUUGUCUCAUCUGCCGUAAUAUUUAGACAAAGGAGAAGCAUAAGACAUAUAACUUAAGCCGAAGGCCUGAUAAGGCCAUAAGACUUGCUUACUCUAAAACUAUUUAUUAUAAAGUUCGGAUAUUACGCGCGCUGUCAUUGGCUGAAAGAGCAUGCACUGUGAGAGUAUAGAGCAUAGAGCUGAGCUAAAGCUGUCGCGCCAUCUGCCAAAUUGUACUAUGUUCUACCUUUUCCGGGACUUCUUUUUAGCUUUUUCCCAAUGAUUGAAAGUGAAAUUUCGGAACAAGCGAGCCGGCAAGGAGCAACAAAGGAACCAAACAAACGUUUGUAAACAUACCAGGCGCCGUGAUCUACGUUAUUAAAACGUGAGCAGAUACGAAAAUCCUCAAAGGAAAAACAAAAUAGACAUUCCGAGUUUUAAAGAUUUUCACGCUCAGUUAGAUUGCAAGCUUACGUACGGUAAUAAAAAUCAAACACAGCUAACACAUAGGCCGCCCUUCGAGUGAAAAAAUAAGAGCUUGCUCUGAUAUCCUUUCCGAUGCAUUGAGUGGAAAGUUACAUCAGUCACUGCAGCCGAGUUUUGCGGCGCUGUCAUUCCGAGCGAUUUUCAUGUUCCAGUGAAUUCGGCAGUCGUUCAUUAAAAAAAAACACUCGCCUUGAACAGUUUGUUUUCUACCUUGUCAUGUGAAAACACUCGCGUGUUUUCAUGAGCCAUAAUUCGGCUGAAUUUCACUGCACAUUUCACUUCAAGAUUCUGUAUUAUAGACUUAAAAACUUCAGGCAAAAGUGUUAAACUCAACCUGCCGAACUAUUUCAGUUUGUAAACUAUCGCAGAAUGUGAACUUUGGUAUUUUGAACUUUGAUGGUUUGACACUUUUGACAGCUCUAGUCUUGUACAGCCAAUCAGAUUAUUUGAACCAUUCUAACAGGGAUUCUGAUUGGCUUAUUGUAGCGUGCUUUAUGAGAGUAUAGAGCAUGCUGACGACACUGUUGUUCGCUUUGGAAAUAAAGUUUGUUUUGAAAAUUGAAAGUAAUGCUUGGAGAAUUUAAUGGAUUCUUUAUUAUAAAACAAAUAGAGAAGCCUUGACUGUGCUUUGUUCUGUUAUAAAGCACUUAGGAAGCGGCUAGAGCACGAAAGAAGUGGGGAGAAACACUCGACUACGUCUCGUGUUUCUCCCUACACUUCUUUUCUUAAAUAAAUGUUUAUUACCAAAUUUGUUGCGCCCAACUCAUACAAAAGUAAAACUUAGUAAAAAAACUCAAUGACUAAACAAUGUGAAAUUACAAGGAAAGAGGCUGGAAAGAUUUCUUUAAGAUAUACUGACUUUCAGGUUACUGAAGUGUUUCCCAUAUCAAAACUUGGGGAAGAGAGAUGGUUGAAGCAUAACCAGUAUACCAGAAUGGUGCCUAAACAAUAACUUGUGAGUAAUCUUGUCAAUCUUUUCCGUCCUACACCAACCCUUCCCUAUUAAUACCUUUUUGAUGCCAAACUAAAAAUUUUAAGCUCUCCUAAUAUUGAAUCUAUUCAUCGUGUACAACAAUCUAAAAUGUCGCGACAUUGUUUUUCAUAAACAGAAGGCUUCUGGAGGUUUCUGGGCCCCUCUGAUGCCACAUUUAGCGCAUAAUAACAAGCGGAAAAAUUGGGUUACGAAAAAUAUGAAAAACCUUCCAGGACAUUUGCAGUACCGCGCUGUACCAGGGUAAAAGUAAAACGUUUUCCAGAGCAAUAAAAAAAAACUUUAAAAAAAUUUAAAAAAAAAAAAAAAAACUAGAAAAAAAAUGGCGAAUACUUCUACAAUACAGGGGAAAAUGCUCUUCGAAAAAAAAAUUAAAAAAAAGACAUCUACUCUUGGUUAAAAAAAAAAAAAAAAACUCAGUAGUCUUGGUAACUUGGUAACGACAGUCCUCCGAUUUAGCAAUGUGUAACAACCUAUUUAUCUGCCGGUCAUAAAUUAUCAUUCAUAGAUAUUGACAGCGAAUUGUUUAAAAGGAAAAAGUUCAUGCAAAAGAAAUUUCGCAGAGAACCAUAAGGAAGAAUGUACAUAGACAAGAGGGAGAAAACAGACCCACUGCUGCACUAGUGAAAUGGCAAACAUCGCAAAUGACAACUACACCUCCAUUCAGAAGGAAAUAGGGACCUUAAGCAAACCACGACGGCGACGGUAACGAGGACGUGGAAAAACAAAAGAUCUAAUUGGCAGAACAAUAGCUCAGCCGUGCGUUUUAAAACUUUGUACAUUUCUACGAAACCGAAACCGCGACGGCAAAUUAUAUUAAUUUCCAUUUGGAACUCAACGCUUCUUUUAUACGUUAUGCUGAAGUUGAGGUGUGGCACCGUAUGAGACGAUAAACAAAUGCAGCUAUUUUUGAAAUUCUAAUUUAAGGCAGAAAUUCAUUUUUUAAUCGAAGUUUUCCUUGGCGUUGUCGUCCUGACUGCUUAAGAGAGUGUCUCUGUAAGAGCGGUCCGGUCGAUUUUGCUUGAGACACGGAUUUCGCUUGUUUCUUGUGUGUUGUAAGAAUUCAUGUACCUAUACUAAAACCACAAUCAGUUUGAUCGGAUCUCUUUAUUUUUCAGAGUUUUACGGAAAUUAAAUUUCACUCGAGCGAAGGCUUGUCGUGACACUUUUCAAGACUUUAAUUUCAUACAACUUUGGAGGACAAUUUACAAAAAACUACGGAACUCAGCAAAAAACAAAUACCACAGCCAUGUGUAUUAACUCUAUCUUAUCUAUCGAGGCGACUUUCGUAAACAUCACGUGUCAAUCAAGGAAACAGGGAGACUUGAAUGACACCUUAUCGGUUCGCCUAAAUCAAACACGCCAAAACCGAUCAAAUUCAUGGUGAAGUUUUGAAAAAGUGAGGCGUUCUUAACUGAUCCAACUAACAUAGCUAGCAAGUAGGUGCCAUAGAAAAGAUAGCCACAGAAAAAAACUUUGCGGCCCGACCUUUACGAGAACUUUAUAACUCCGUGAACUUACCUAAUUUUCGGCAAUCUCCAAGUUUGGCCGCCAUUUUGAGGGACUUCUCAACAUGAAGCGUAACCGAUAUAAAUCAAGCAGGUUAAUCUAAAACCGUCAGAAAUAUAUACGAAAGCAACUCAAAUGAACUCUACUUUCAAUUCAAGCGGCAAAAUUUGAAAUUGUUCGUUAAACUUACCAUCCCCAUGCGACCAUUUAUUCCAACAAUUCAACCACUACAAGUUUCUGAAUUCCCCUCGUCGAUUCCACCGCAAGAAAUAACCUGUGCCACCCAAGCUUCGACUCGAAUGUGAAGUACGAAUCAAAUAACAUAACUGCUUCAUCUUCGCGGCAAUAUCACGCUGGUAUUUUGAUUUUCCGAUCGACAAGAACGGUGAUCAAGAAUCGAUCGGUUCGUUUACCUCAUAAACGUGAUCGCUGACCAGCUGCUGAGUGAAAACAGUACGGUUCAGUGGCGAGGGGCGGGGUGAGGGGUGGGUGCGGGCAGAUUAUCAGAAGAUUUUCGGGAACAUUCGAACAUAUGCAUUAAAGUAUCAUGAUAAACAUUAGGAUUCUCAGUCUUAAAGCGAAGGCAUGCUUCGUGUUGCAGACAACUUUUGUUUUACUUAGUAUUAUUUUUUAUUUCAAACUUCCAAAUAGGACUAGCAUCAGUUCAUAGAUUUAAAAACAAAUCUUUAUCACCUAAAUAAAUGUGUUUAGAUAAUCGAGAUAACCAUUGAACCUCUUGUAUUGCACCGGAAAUAACGUGUCUUGUCUUUGCCCAACUCUGAGAGCGUGGAGCGGCGAAGACACGAGAUACGAGUCUCGCGUCUCGCGGCUUCACCAUGCUCACAGGAUACGCGUGACCUCACUAUCUUUAAGAAAAAUAAGAGACCGCUCGAAGUCUGUAUUCCGUUCAACCAUUUCAUAAGAGUGACGCGAGUCUUUCAAUUGAAUGAGAAAGUCACAAACCCAUUCUUUACCUCACGAGCGUAACCACUGACCACUCUCGAAUUACAGUAGGCUUCUCUUUUGAAGCGGAAAUUGAAAUCGUAUCGAAUACACAAAGUUAUAGUGAGUUCCUUUAGAUCUCCCGCACUUGUAUCGCGUUGGAAACAAUUACAAGUACAGGAAGAAGUCGUUCAUUAGCGAGACGUUCAUUAUGUCUCAGGACUGCUUUUUGAAUAGCAAACAUGGAAAAACUUUGGUUCAUCGUGUGGCUGAAGUGGUUUGGUACGACUGUCUGAAUGCGAUGACGAAGUAAAACAUCAUUUGAUAAGCUGCCACCUGUCUAAAGAGGUUUUUAAGUGAAAAUGAGCUAAUCUUGGCAAGGAUUGGCGUAUUUCACCUCGCUCAGGAGGAUAAAUAAAAAAAUGUGGAUUUGCUAUAGGCAUCGCCACACUUUGGGGAAGUUUUGGAGAAGUGCAAAGGUAACAUGUCAGUAUCCUGAUCAUGAUGGUGUCAGGAAGCGUAUCCAAGGCAGAGAUAUAAUUCCCUUGCACAUGUCUCAGGACAUUAAAAAGCUGUUUGGAGUUAUUAUUCCAGUUGAAUCAGAUAGUCUUCAGUAACAUUUUCUGUUAUCUAUUUUUGUCAUGUGACAUAUCUGCUCGAAAAGAGAAGAAAUUCUUUAUCAGAUGAAGGGUACUUAAGUACGCAUCACGUUGAAAAAAAUAGAUCUAUGUGUAAGUGCUUUUUAUUACAGAUGGAAAUAUGUACAAUGUUUCUCGGUUGAUAAUCAAUAAUGUUUUUGUAGAAGAUCAAAUCACCUGACAACGCAAUAUACUUACUCAUGCGUACGGUUCACAAUUAUUUGCGGUCAGUUUUCCUCAGUUUGUAUGAUUCUCAUUAACCAAUAUGAUUAAAUUUGCAGACUAAAACACCCCUUAUUUGAUUAAGAAUAAUAAAAGUAAACAGUGCAUGUCGGUUUUUAAUUCCUGAUGGAUGCUACUGGGCUUUACUUUAACUGAGAAAUUUGCAAUCGCUUACCUCAGCUCUCUGUGUCCCAUGCCGUAAGAAGCACAAGAAAAAAGUUGAUGAUAGUGAGUCUUAGCUGAGACAAGAAGAAUCAGAGAAGAAUCUAUGGUCCCCAGAAACGCCACUUUUAAACACGAGACAACUAAGGUAAAUUGAAUUAAUUGUUAUUUGUUUUAUUUAAAACUAUCGUUAAGAUUAUAAGAUACGCGAAAAACUCUCCCCACCGAUUUUUUCUUACAUUCUGUUGAUCAAAAGUUUCAAUAACUAUAAAGGCUUUCUUGUUGAUCGUCUUAAUAGUAACAGUUUCCAGAUCCAAGGGGAGCAAAAGAGUCAACAAUUUUCUGUGUAGCUAGGUAUGGCGACAUGCCGGCUUUAUACUUCUUCCGGCGUGAUAACGAUAAUGAUCACAAUGGGCAAAAAGCACCGUCCGCUAAUGAUGACGAUUAUCAUAGUUAUUAACAAAUCUCAGUUAUAGUCCUGAAAAAAAUCUCAGGGGGUCCUUUGAACCAUCCAAUUAAUCUCGCCAGAAGUCAAAGUUGCCUACACUCAUUCUAAGGUUCGUGCGAUUUUACGACGAAUUUUCAAUUCUGGUAUGUUGCACGUGCGACUUUUGAUAGAAAAAACCUGCACGCGUCAUAACUUAAAAGAACGUGUCAGCGGAAUGAAUCAAAUCUCUAUCACUUUGCAUACAUUCUUGGGAACAGAAAAAAUUACUUAGAGCAAACAUUCUAAGUAUAGUGUUCAUUCCGUGCAAUGGGGCAUAAAUAAAAGUUCUGGUGGAAAAGACACCUUAUUUUAUACCACUGAUGAUAAGCAAAAAGGUUAUAUAGGUACCCGGUUAAAAAUACAUUGAUAACUCUAUUUAAUAAUUCUAAUUAAUACCAGUUCUAAUUUAAAGGAGAAAGUUAUGAAAAUAAAAUAAAAGUUGUCUGUACCACAAAGCAUGCCUUCACUGUUUAGACUGAUAGUCCUAGAGCUUUUUGAGCAUGUAUUCGAAUAUCUUAUGACGAUAAGCCAGCCACCCACCCCACCCCGCGCUAUGCUGUUUUCACUUAGCGGCUGGUCAGCGGUCACGUUUAUGAGGUAAACAAACCGAUCGAUUCCUGAUCACCGUUCUCGUCGAUCGGAAAAUCGAAAUACCAGCGUGAUAUUGCCGCGAAGAUGAAGCAGUUAUGUUAUUUGAUUCGUACUUCACAUUCGAGUCCCUCAAAAUGGCGGCCAAACUUGGAGAUUGCCGAAAAUUAGGUAAGUUCACGGAGUUAUAAAGUUCUCGUAAAGGUCGGGCCGCAAAGUUUUUUUCUGUAGUUAUCUUUUCUAUGGCACCUACUUGCUAGCUAUGUUAGUUGGAUCAGUUAAGAACGCCUCACUUUUUCAAAAAUUUACCUUGAAUUUGAUCGGUUUUGGCGUGUUUGAUUUAGGCGAACCGAUAAGGUGUCAUUCAAGUCUUCCUGUUUCCUUGAUUGACACGUGAUGUUUACGAAAGUCGCCUCGAUAGAUAAGAUAGAGUUAAUAUACAUGGCUGUAAUAUUUGUUUUUUGCUGAGUCCCGUAGUUUUUUGUAAAUUGUCCUCCAAAGUUGUAUGAAAUUAAAGUCUUGAAAAGUGUCACGACAAGCCUUCGCUCGAGUGAAAUUUAAUUUCCGUAAAACUCUGAAAAAUAAAGAGAUCCGAUCAAACUGAUUGUGGUUUUAGUAUAGGUACAUGAAUGUCUUACAACACACAAGAAACGAGCGAAAUCCUUGUCUCAAGCAAAAUCGACCGGACCGCUCUUACAGAGACACUCUCUUAAGGUCCCUAUUUGUUUACUCUGAGAGAAACGCGCUCAUACUCUAAUUUUGGCCAUAUUGUAGCCUUCUCCGCAGCAGUAAACGAAAUUAAAAUUUUAUCACCCACGCUAUGGAUGAAAGCAACUAAUCAAAAGUGCUUCAUUUUUCAAAUGACGCAUCAGGCACCGUCGAAAGUAAAUUAGGAAAUUGUAAUUAGGUCAACCUUCGUAUAUAACACUUGAUCAUUAAUUGUUGAUUGAACACUACGCAACCUCAUUGGAACUUUCUUGUUAAGCGAAAAAAAACACAUUUUAAUUAAUUUUUCUGCGGUAGGUUUAACAAACAAACCUUCAUCUUCACUUCACCCACAGCUUUCACUGACUCAGUUUUUAAAUGCUACUAACAAAUGGAGAGGAUCAAAUCGUACAUAAAACUCGUGCUGUCCAUUGGUAUAUACACGCUCAUAUCCGCUCAGACCUUCAGACGAGAAGGCCAAUACGGUGUAAACUACGCUAGUUUUGUGAAAAAUCCUUUGCAAAGACUUGAUGUCGCAGUUCUAAUCAUUAUAAGAGUAUACAAAGUCCAAGAGUGUCUUCAUCGCUGUGUUAGUCAUCUGGAAUGUUACUCAGUCAAUUUUGCUGCAGCUUCACUUGACGGAACUCACAAGUGCGAGUUACUAAACGCGGACAAGUUCCAAAAACCGAAUGACUUGGCUCUCAACGAGACCUUCGACCAUUAUAAUAUCAAGGCAGGUGUCAGGCUAUUUGUUUUGGUAAUUGAACUAAGCUGUGUUUUUCGGCAUAAUAAAUGUUGCUUCCUAACAACCAAAAGCAUAGAAAAAAAAUAAGACACUGCUAGCGUUAGCCGAAGCUGUAAAGCACUUCGUCCAUUCUUUGAUUUCAUGCACUACUGGGGGGAUUAAUGGCCGUGACCUACACUGUACCUUACAGACUGAGAUGUUUCUCGUUCGAUUUGGCUCAUUUGGAUUAAAUUAUUAAAUUUUGACAUACACGACCUUGUUAUUGUACAAAAAACUAUCCCUCCGAUUGAGUUCAUACAAGAGAUUCUCUUGGUUAGUAUUGUAAAUUGGUCACCGUAAAGAGUUUUAAAGCUGAUUUCGAGCGUCAGUCCUUCGUCAAAGCGAAUGACUUUGGACUAACGCUCAGCUUUUUAAACUCAGUUGAUAAAAACCAAAUAUCUUGUCAAACCCCCCUCGCCCCCACGUGCACACUACACGCACACGCCCAACUGUUUCCUUCGAGAUUUAGCCCCUUUCUUUAUCCCUCCGCUUGUAGGUUUGGGCGUGCGGUGCACCUCUCGAGUCUUGAUUAAAUGUUAACUUUUUUCUUUUUACGAUUUUUUCUUUCAACAGAGCCCCUGCAUGAGCAACCCUUGUCAGCAAGGAGCUUUAUUCUGUCGACCAUUAUACAGUCAAGACGAUUAUGAAUGUGUUUGCAAACCAGGUUUUACCAGCCGGAAUUGUGAAACCGGUAAGACUAAAGGAAAAGCAUGCUCCUGAUAUCGUAUAACUCUUAUCUCCGUCAUUGAAAAUUGUAAAUCAGAUUACGACACUGAGCGCUUUUUAAGAUUUGAUAAAGUAACCCCCCCUAAAAAAUUGUCUCCAAUGAGAGACAGCGCAAUUUGAAGAUUUGCUUCGCAACCUGGUUGUUUACUUAAAACAUAUAUAUCAUAUAUAUUUAAUUUCAACUUUCUUCACCUAUUUCAAAUGUUACUGCUAAUUUAAAUUUUUUUUUUCUGAUUGGGAUCAAUUAACGUGCUCAUAACCAAAAGGCGUGCAGAAUUUUCUUCCUGACAUACAAACAGAUUUUUUUUUUUCUCCAAAAUUAUAGGUGCUUUUUGGGUUGUUUUUCUGAUUGUUUCUUUUGUUUUGUUUUCGUUUUGUCUUUUUCCCCUUUUGUUUCUAUAAAAAGAAGGGUUACAAUAAUCAGUCUUCUCGUUUUUCGUUUGUUUUUGGUUUUUUUUGUUUGCAUUUUUUCUUUUUUUUUCUUCAUUUUUUCUUUUCAUUUUAAGAAAAAGGAAGAGUUGCAAUAAUCAGUCUUCUCUUUUUCUCGUUUCAGUUCGUGUCUUGGAUAUUCACGUUCGAAGCGAGGGUUGUGAGGAUGCAGGAAGAGCAGGCGUCUGCGGCAAAGCUUACAUCAAGGUGGAUGGAACAGAUCACUCUCCUCACAGCAGAGGAUAUAACGUUGUUGUUGUGGACGGAGCAACAGGUACUACGAACUAUGCCGCUUGAGUAAAUCUCCCCUGUUUAACUCUGGUCUCUGUCUAGCGCUUUCAAAGCUGGCAAAAAAGGAGGACUAUUGUGAUAAGUCCUUGGAAUUAAGCCUCUUACAUGCUCUACUUCUGGUUGCGCAAAAGACAUGAAAAUUAAAUAGUUGGGUUAGUCCUAAUCACCCAGUUUUACCCUAAAAACCGUCGCAGAAUGUUUGUAUUGGUUACUGGUCGUUUCGUACCCACGCUCGUUUCGUACCCAGUCAGUUGAGUCGUUUCGCUUGACUCUAUUAACUUGUCGUACGUAACGAUUGACAUCUGUUCACGCGCUCGCGUAGUGGGGGUAUGAGUUAGGUUGACAAUCUGCCUUCCUCGAAAUUAGUGGAAAAGUAAGACCCCACAAAGUUUCAUUAUAAAGGGAAAAUUAAUUGAUAAUACUUAAUUACUCUGUUAUACUUUCCCACCGACGCAGCAUCACAGUUUCUUUACCCCCUUCACUCAUUCGUUCUUACGUAAUCACUUUCCUCCUGCUUACUUAAUCUGGAAAAAAAAUGGCUUGACAGAAAAAAGGGUAUCUUUCACAAUUUCAAAUAAAAUCUCAUUAGGUCAUGUUUAUGCGGUUGUCUUUACUAGUUUUCCAUUCCUACAGGUGAAGUUCUCGAUACAAGAGGAUUUGAUACUCAUAAAAAUAGCUCGGCGGGUAAUGGACUCAAAGAUUACCUUAACGGUCUUCAUGGCCAGUAAGUUAUGUUUAAUGCGCCAUAAAAUAGUUUCAUUCUUUAAUGGCAGUUUUCGAAGAGACUGGUACUAGCAUAAGUGCAUAUCCUUGAAAAUGCUUUCAUUCAGGAAAAUGUCAGAUCGAGUCUGAACACGUUGAGUCUCUUUUGUAAAAUCUAAGGCUACCAGAGCAACGCUCAAGGUUCCUGAGAAACACCUUCAACUUGCAGUUUUUAGUUGAAUUGUAAUCGAUAUCAAACUGAUAGUGUGGGGCAAACCUAAAGUCCUACAAAAAGGAAUCAAACAUUUCUGAAACAAAUUACUUGAGAUAUAGUUUAUCUAUGUAUUUUGAAAUCAAUAUCUUUCGAGUUAUCGACAUCAUAACUUCGCUUAUUGACAAAUUUCAAGAAUUUAAAAAAAAGCUCGAAUUACUCGUAAUUACUCCCGAACCACUUUGAAUUUCACAACGUAGCACAGACGAUAUUGAGAGUAAGGGUCUGUAGUGUUAGUGUCUUUAAUUAAAUGUAUUUAGGACAUUUUUUUCCAUGAUUGGUAUGUUAUAUGGCCUUCCAAUACAUUGUAACUUUUGUUUGAACUUCUGUCAACUCAAUGCUUGAUUUCAAACAUCAGUUUGUUAGUAUGCAAUUUUUUUCCCCGAAGAAAAUGAUUUUAAAAUCCACGUAACCACAAGAGAUUUUAAUUUUACGCUUGUAUUUCUUGUUAAAUAAUUUGUCGGCUUUUCUUAGCUCUCACAAAAUUAGUAUAAAUACUACUUCUCUUCCCUCACAGUAAAAUAGUGUUAGUUGCUAUUCAAGAUGAUGGCUCACAACACAUGUCGCCAGCGAUUGAUGCGCUUAAGAGACUGGGCGCUACUGACCCUAUAGCGCCGGACCACAGGGGAUCUUUUGCUUUCGCUGGAUACGCUGGAACAAACAAACCUCAGUGGAUAACACAGAGACGCGCGGACAAAGGACAGGGACCGAGUGAAAUAUUUCCGAAAAUUGCGUUAUCGGCAGGUGUGUUUGGU